AUGGCGGCGGGGCCGGAGGCAUGGAACACGUCUGAGCUACUCGCCGCGUGCUGCGGCGCGGCGGUGCAGGUGUGGGCCCCCCUCAGCGCCGACCCCCGCCGGGACGUCGCGAUCGACGAGGCCGCGGGCGUGUCGGCGCUCGACUGGAGCGGCAACAACAAGGUGCUGGCGGUGGCGGGCGACAAGGCCCAGAUCACGAUGGUCGGGGGUGGCAAGGUCAUAGGGUACGUCCCAGAGGUCCCAGAGGCCAGCUUGAGUGGCGUCACGGCAAUGAGAUUCUCCGCGGACUCCAAGCGACUCGCUAUCGGAUGCACAAACCGGGCGCUGCACAUUCGCGACCUUCGGAGCCAGGGCGCUGGCAACAAGUGCAUAAUCGACCACAAGGCACCCGUGGCCGCGCUGGCCAUCAGCCCCGACGACUCAUUGCUGGUGUCUUCCAGUGCUGGCGGCCAGGUAAUGCUCCACGACUUCAAAACAGGCGCCAAGCUCGCCUCCCUCGCCCACGACGGCGCCGCGCGGUCCGCCGCGCUGCAGUUCUGUGCUUCAGACGCCGACCGCCUGGCGACCGCCUCGGACGACGGCGGCGUCGCCGUCUGGAGCGUCGCGGCCCGCGCGGCGCGGCACGAGCUGCGUCGGCUGCACCGGGGCGGCGCCACGGGCGUGCGUUUCGCGCCGGACAGCCCGCACGUCCUAUACUCGUGUGGCAAAGAUGGCCGGCUGCUGGUGCUGGACACGCGGCAGCCGACACAGCAGCAGCAGGAGACCCUUGCCGCGCAGGCGUCUCAGCCCCUGACGUGCUUGGACGCGCGCUUCGAUGCCCGCAGCCUGGCAGUGGGGACGUCUGGAGGCGCCGUCCUGGUGUUUGACCUGCGGCGCCCCGGCCAGGAGGUCGGCUCGCGGUCUUUUGGGGACGCGGCGGGGCCGGUAGCCUGUGUGCGGUGGCAGCACGCGCCGCACGCUGGGUCAAAGCACAAAGCGGCAGCGGCGGCCUCGGCGGGCGGGGCCGCAAUCAGCGGCGCGCCGGGGCGGCUGACGGCGGCGGCGGCGCCUGCGGCCGCGGCCGCGGCCCUGAGCGCGCAGGGCGGCCGAGGGGACGCGAUCUUGGCCGCGAGGGGCGCCCCGGCCGCAGCUGCUGGUGCCUUCGGGCCGCACGCACCAGCGGCUGCCGCGGCGGGGCGCUCGGUGACGCCGGAGCCGGCGCGCGGCGUGUCGCCGGAGCCCUCAGCCGUGUCCGGGUUCAGCCUGGACGGCUUCACACGGGCGGUGUCCCCGGUGCGCCUCAGCGACCCCGACACCCGCACGCCCACCGGCCCAAACACUGCCGGCGCCGGCGCGGCGGCCGCGGCGACGCCGGGCGACUCGUUCGCGUCGGGGGUCGGCGCGUUCAUGGUCACGCCCGGCGUCGGCGUCACCCGCGGGCUCGCAGCCGCGCAGGGGCUGGCGGCGGCGGACGGGACGCCGAUCAGUCGCAUCGCGCAGUUUGCUGCGAGCGACCCGCAGCUGCCGCCGCCGCGUCCGCAGCAGCCUGUGUUGGGCGCCGCCGGAGGCAGCAGGGGCGAGCGCGCGGCUCUGGACACUCAAAACCGGCCCGCCGCGGACGCGGCGCCGCCGCCGCCGGGGGGCGCGAAGGCGGGGCCGCCAGCCGGCGCGGGCGGCGCGCGGCACGGCGGCGUAGCGGCGCAGGCAGCGGCGGGAGUGACGCCGCGGGGCUAUGCGGGAUCGAGGCAGCAAGCCGGGUCUGGCGUCGCCGCACGGGCUGCAGCCAUCACCAACGCGGCCGGCGGCGGCCUCGGCAGCCGCGCGGCAUCAGCCGCAUCCAGCGCCGCCGUCGAGGCCGCUGCCGUGGCGGCGCUGGAGGGCGCCGCGGGCGCGGCCUCGGCGCGGGCGGCACAGGAGGCAGGCGCAGCCGCGGCGGCGGCGGGGCCCGGCGCGGGCGUGGACGGGGUGUUUGCGGGGCCAGGGGCGGGGAUGAUGCUGCGGGAGGACGUAUUCCGCGCAUACAUUGACCAGCAGACGGCGGCCGUGCGCCAGGACGUCCGCAGCCUGCACUUGGAGGUGCUGCAGCAGUUCCACCAGGCGCAGAUGGACCUUAUGAGUGUUGUGGAGGGCCUGGCCCAGCGCCAGGAGGCCAUAGUGCAGCGCCUGGAGGCCCUGGGGCGCCAGGUGCAGGAGGCGGCGGACAGCCGGGGCGCGGGGGGGCUGCAGAGCGGCGGCGGCGGCGUGGGCAUCUCCAUGGCGUGGCUGUGA